AUGGUUCACCGCGAGAAAAGCCGCUGCGAAGUGUGCUGCGGCGUGUGGCUGCUUCCUCCCGCGACGGAAUCCGGUGACUCACUGUCAUUCACCGCUAUAGACUUCAAAAUGGAGAACAGAAACCAUCACACAAAAGUCUAUCACAAUUGCAUUGAUUUCAAGAAGGCCUUUGGAAGAGUGUGGCACGACGCACUGUGGCACACAGUGAGGAAGUACAACAUUGGCAAAGGAAUGACCGAACUCAUACAGAACCUGUACGGAAAAGCUAGAACAACCGUUUUAGUAGGCAACACUUAUAGCGAUUGGUUCAAGAGCACAGUUGGAGUUAGACAGGGCUAUGACAUUGAUCUAAUAGCCAACAGCACAGAAAAACUAGCAGAUUUAACAAAGAGGCUGGACACAAUAGCUAAGAGAUUUGGUAUAGAAAUAAGCGCAGAAAAAAAAGCAAAACCAUGA